AUGUCGCACUGGAUUCCGAGUUAUCGCCCGCGGAUUCGGCUGCCCGACCGACUUGCAUUCAUCCACCUCGCCGGAACCAGCUCACCGCUCCAUCCGAGGGCGCCCCCCUGGGCCAGGAGGGGGGGAGAAGCUUGCACGCGGGAGAGAGGCUGCCGCCGCCAGAGGAAAUGGAGCCACCUCCUUCCUCUCAGGCUUCUCGCGCGGCGCCGACGCCGGCCACAGGCCUCUCCAUCUCCUCCUCUCCAUCUCCCGCUUGUGACAUCUCCACUGGAGCAACCCACCGCCGCUCUUCUUCCUCCGCCUCGCGACGCCGUCACCGCCCUCCUCCUCCACCUCUUUGCCGCCAGUACGGCUGACACGCCGCCGCCGGGGAGUGCUUUCUCCUUCGUUUUCCUACCUCGGCUGCCAACAGAGGGGAGAGAGGUUUCUUCCUUCUCCCGCGGCUACAGCCGCCGCAGGCAGCCAUCGCUGCCUUUUCACGCGGCCACAGCCGCCGCCGACAGCCGCAGUCGCCCCCUCCCGCGUCUACUGCCGCUGUCUUUAGUGGAUAUCGUCACCUUCCAGGUAGCCGUAGCUUGGUACCAUUUGGGUAAUUCUGUCCAUCGCGCCGAGCGGCUUCCCGAUGACUCGUCGGUCGUCACUCUCGCGCGCCUUCCUUUCUCGCCUUCGCUCGCUCUCCAUAUAAUUGAUCUCCACCUCCGCCGCGUUCCUGCGUCUCUUCCUCUUCCUCUUCCUCUCCCUCUUCGUCUCCCUCCGCCGCUUCCAAUGGACGUCGACACUGUGCUCGAAAAGUCUGUCCUCCGCCUCGUCAGCGGCGGCGGUUGGCGGGCGGUGCUCGUCUUCGUCGCCCUCGCGGCGUCAGCCGCCGUGCUCCUCGCUUCGUUCCCCACCUCCACUAGCGCCCCCGCAUGGUUCUCCAUUUAUUCCUCCUCCUCGAUAUCCUCUGCGUCGGCGCGUCCACCGGUGACGACGCCGGCUGCCGUGGAGCCCUCCGGUGGCGUAAAGGUUGCGCCUUUGUGGGCUUACGGGCCUGCAAGUUCCGAUUUUUCCUCUGUUUCCAUCGUCCAUAAGCCGCCUUCUACUAGUUCCCCUGCUCCUGCUCCAAUUGAGAAUCCUCCUGUUCCUGCUCCUGUUCCUGCUUCAAUGGAGAUAUCUCCUGCUCCCGCUCCUUCUCUCCCAUCACUCUGGAGCGAGGUAGAAGAUUCGAACAUCUAA